GUCAAUUUUGACUUGUUACUGUCGAUAAUGUCAAAUAUCUAAAAUGGUAAAUUAAGAAACAUUGAUGGGGUUUUUUCAUUCCAAAUAUAUAUCCUUGAACCUGCAAUGUUUUGGUAAAAGACGUCAGACACGCAUUUCCAUUGAAACUACAAAUGCAAUCAAAUUAAUCGUCCUAUCCUUAAGGUCAAAUGCUAGAAUCGUAGAUCAUCGUUGGUUGAUCAGGCCAGAAGGUGGACUCAACAACAGGGUCGUACAAGAAUUUGUACAAGCUAUUCAACGUGGAGAUACUAGAACUAUACAAACGUUAUUAGAUACUGGAUAUACUUUAAGGGCUUGUCAAGCUUUAUAUACAUAUUUAAAUAGAUUGGAAGAUCCUUUAAUUCCGUUACCUAUACAAUCUUUAGUUUUAGAUGGGAAUGAAGGUGUUCCUGCAACUACGGUUGCUAGUGAUAUCAUGGGUCUUAUAAACCAAGAACUAUCUGAAAAUCAUGCUGAAUUGAUUUCGCUUAUACUUUAUCUUAUGGAUAUGAUGAUAAAAUUCUCGCCUGCUGACGAACUACAAGGAAAUGCGUGGCCAGCAUCGAUGUUGCCCAUAUUUUUUGAUUUGCAGUCACGACAUAUGGUCGAAUGGAGAAGAAUAGCAACAAUUUUCUAUGAAAUGAUUAAACAGGCUGGUGACUAUUUAUAAAUUUUUAAAAGACAAAGAAUAAGAAAAUUAGAAGAUUCAUUUCAUUUAUUUAAAAGUAUUUAAAAUAUAAGCUUACAAUACCU